UCUGGAGUUGGCGACGUCUGCGACACUGUCAUCGCGGCUGCCGCGUUCCCCGGCCCUGGGCGAUGGAGAACGGAGCGGUGUACAGCCCCACCACAGAGGAGGACCCGGGACCCGCCAGGGGUGCCCGGAGCGGCCUCUCUUCCUACUUCGUCCUUGGCCCGCUCCAGUGGUAUCGGCGCCUUCUCAAAGGCUUGCAACUGUUGCUGUCUUUGCUGGCCUUUAUCUGUGAAGAAGUUGUUUCACAAUGUACUUUGUGUGGAGGACUUUACUUUUUUGAAUUUGUAAGCUGCAGUGCCUUUCUUCUGAGUCUCCUCAUGCUGAUUAUAUAUUGCACUCCAGUUUAUAACAGAAUUGAUGCAGUAAAAGUAAAAUCAUCGGAUUUUUAUAUUACUUUGGGAACGGGAUGUGUAUUUUUGUUGGCGUCCAUCAUUUUUGUUUCCACGCAUGACCGCACCUCAGCUGAAUUUGCUGCAAUAGUGUUUGGAUUUAUAGCAAGUUUUAUGUUCCUGUUUGACUUUGUUGCUAUGCUCUGUGAAAAACGACAAGAGUCCCAGCUGAGAAAAUCUGAGAAUACCACUAGGGUAGAAGCCCUCACUGAACCACUUAAUGCUUAAAGACUGUAUGGAGCAGGAAUUACGUAAAGUAGUGACUCUGCGUCAUGAUGCCUGAGCCCUGGCAGAAACUCAUGUAGAAUUUAUGUAAUUGUUUAAACUACUUCUUUUGGAAAGCAAAGGGGAAGAGCAGGAGGACAGUUUUAUCAAUAUCGUAAUGUGUGUCAGUCCCCACAAAUUAGGCCUGAGAGUUUUAAAAACAAUUUUUUUUUUUUAAAUAAAGGUCAAAACUUGCCUCAAUUACAGAUGGUGUUGUGGGGGUGGGAUUGGGUAGAACAACUGUUUCUAUAAAUCACACAGCUCAACUGAUGACAGAUGAUUUUGUAAUUCUGUUAUAGGACAUUCUCUUACUAGACUUAGCUUUCAAAUUAUGCUUUAUAGCUGUAUAAACAGCAUGAUUAUAUUCAUCCAUUUGGAAGUUGUUUCAUUUUAAAAUUAAU